GGAGCAUCACCUUGGAACAUGUGUUGAAAUGUUCCUCGCCGUUGUACCUUUGCCAAAGUGCAGAUGUGAUGUCGACGACAACUCAAAAAGCCAGUAGUUCCAUGGAUUCCCCGGCAUCGGUGCAAGCUGUACCGGUGCCGCCUGCGGCGGAACCUCUGAAUUACAUUGCCGCAGCGCGCCAGGGGCGUCAGGCUGAAUAUGGUGAGCGCUGGGGGGAGGGUGCUGCCCGAUACUUCAGCAUCGAAGCCGAUUUCCUGGACGAGGACCAAAGCAUUCGAUUGAUGCCAGUGCCUGAAAGCUUCUUUUGCCCAAUAUCCGCUACAAUCAUGUCAGAUCCAGUGGCAACUGUCGAUGGUUGCGCCUAUGAGAGGGACUACAUUGAGAGGUGGUUCAGAGAAAGGCGACAAGCCAAUCAGGCCAUCACUUCUCCAACCACAGGCCUACCACUGCCGUCAACAACACUCAUGCCGUUGCUUGCGCUACAACGUGCCAUUGAAGCGUACUUGGCGCACCGGCCAGAGUUGAGGAGGGAUCAUAUGGCUGGCCGAUCUUUCGAGGAAGCAGCACAAGUUUUGCAGUCCGACCUCCUGGAGAAGCAUGCCAUGAAUACCAACAUGGGCGACGAAGUUCGCAGACUCAGAGGGGCCAACAAGGCCUUGCUACGCCAACUGCGUCAAUGUGAGGGAGAAAAAGCCAAACUCGUGCAGCAGCUACAGCAGGCCAGAUGGCAGCUGGGUAUUGCAGAGGAGCCCAGCUUCAAAGAAAUCGCUGAAGGUGUACUGCCCAGCAGUAGCGAUGAAAGCACUGCCUUUACAUGUGUCGAGGCUGAGCCUCAGGAGCGCUCAAUAGCAGGUCAGGGCGAACAAGAUUUAUCCCGUUUGCAGCUGCAAUUGGCUCGAAGUGAGCAGGCCAGACCCAAGAGCAGCAAAAUCACUGGUCGAGCACAUCGGCAGCUGCUCUCUUUGGCUGCAGUGCUUGCAGCCAUGGCAGGCGUCCUGCACUUCUCCAAAAGUGAUCCACCAGGCAUUGUCCAUGAGAUGGGCUCUGUGAAACCAGUGGAGUUGAGUCCACUCCCAGAGCCAGACAUUCCGGAGAUCAGCAGCCUCAUUGGUACACCCAUGAGGUCCAACGUUUUCCCAGUCCUCGGGCACAAGAUCCCACGUGGGCGAAGUCCUGAGUUAAUCUACUACGUUGAACAGUUGCGCAGUCGAAACAGGGAGGAGCGGCACCAAGCUUUGAUGAGUUUGUUGGCCACCGCCCGUGGCGGCAUCGACAUGCGCAACGCCAUCAUGCAGGCUGGAGCGGUGUUGCCAUUGGUGGAGCUCCUUCGUGAGAUGGCAGCACCCGGAAUACAGGAGGCCGCUGCUGCAGCCCUUGGCAUCCUUUGCGCCGACGGUGAGGCGGCACAAUCCACGCUCCUGCGCGCUGGGGCGGUGCCGGCGCUGGUGAGGCUCUUGGGUUCCGAUGCACCUGUACCUACGCGUGCUGCUGCCUCUGCUCUGCGGAACUUGGCAGCCAAUCACAACCAGGCACAAUUGGCCAUUGCCCAGGCUGGUGCAGUGGCUCCACUUAUUCACCUGUUGUCUCACUCGGACAGGCAGUUGCAAGCCCAGGCGGCUAGUGCGCUGGGCAACCUGGCUGGUGAUAGCUCCGAAAACCACUUUGAUAAGCAGGUGAUGAUUGCUCAAGCCGGUGCCCUUACACCUUUGGUGCGCUUGCUGCGAACAACGGACAGCGCAGAAGUGCGAGAAGCUUGUGCCUCCGCUCUCCGGAUGCUAGCGACAAAUAAUGCUGACAACCAGGUUGCUGUGGCACAUGCUGGAGCUAUCCAACCGCUGGUGCAGUUGUUGAGGGAUGAAGCGCCUUCUGUCCGGGAAGAGGCGGCUGCAGCUCUGGGGAAUCUGGUGUUCUUCAAUGAUGAGACCAAUGCCGGAAACCAGGCCGCCAUCGCCGAAGCUGGCGCCGUGCCCCACCUGGCUGCCUUGCUGAAGGAUCCCAAGGCUCAGGUCACCGCAGCUGGAGCCUUGAGGAACUUGGCGGCGCAAAAUGUCGCCAACCAGGAAGCCAUUUGUCGAGAUGCGCUGCAAAGCUUGGUGCAGUUGGUGACGGAUGGAAAGCCCAAAGCACAGGUGGAAGCAGCUGGUGCCAUCCAUAACUUGGCGGCUGGCAACGCCAAGAGCCAGCAGCUCAUUGUUGAGGCUGGUGCUUUGGAACCACUGGUAGCCUUGCUGAAGGAAGAGGCUCCCCGUGUGCGAGAAGUUGCUGCUGGAGCUUUGUGGGCUCUGGCAAGGGACAAUCCAGAACUACAGAGCGCCAUAGAUCGAUCUGGAGCCAUUCAACCAACUUCCAAAAAAACAAGUAAGCUAAAAUAA